UCUGAAAAUACAGAGAAAAAGAAAAUCACUGUUCAGCAAAGAGUUGCAAAAACUGCGCCUUUUUUGCCUGUCUUGCUGUAUAAGAAUGGUCUUUUUCUUUCCUCCCUUUUUGUUUUGAUUUCAGACACUGUGUGUGAGUGAGUUUACUUUAUUCUUUAACCAUUUCUUGCCAAAGAUUUGUGCUCCCGUUUUAGUGUGUGUGUGUGUGUAAGUAGUGACGGGUCAUUUGUAGAAAAAGAGCACACUUUACUUGGUGGGAUUUCAUCCCUUUGUUUGCCGUAGUGGGUUAUUGCUUGCUUCAUCUGUAAGUGAUAAGGCAUUGAAAAAAUCACAUCUUUUUUGGGCAAAGGGAGCGCUUUGGAUUGUGGGUUUUGAAUAAAGAAAGGGUUUUUCCUCAUUGAGUCUGGAAAUUUGGAACUUGGGGAUCUGAAACCAUGAGAACCUCGCUUCAGUUAUAAGUUGCUUGCUGGGACUUUCUUAUGUUUUUGUCCCUUUUCCGUGAUCUUUAAGGUGUUUGGGGAAGUGGGUUCGGAUGUUCUAGGGAGUUUGAUGUUUCUGUCUGUUAGACUAGAGGCGGUGCUGAUCUGUUGUUUUGCCUCAGUGUGAAGUGGUGUUUCAGAAUCAAGAUUUUUGGUUCAGGAAUUUGUUUCCAAGUGGGGAUAGAAAUUUAAGUGGGGCUUCUGCACUGCUUAUUGCUUCGGUUGCAAGUUGAUAAUUGGUGAUUUGUUUUUCUUUUCCUUGAUGUUGGAAUGUGGGUGGAAGUUUCUUGCUUGAGUUCUCCAUCUAUUUCUAAGCCAGGCAGCGCCUUGCUCUCAGCUAAAGAUUAAAGUUCUCAAAUUGUGUCUUGGGAUUGGAAGCCAUGUGGGAGACCGAGAUAUCAUGUGAAUGUGAUUUUUGCAUCUCUUGGGAGUAGUUUGAUGUGUGAUGUGAGUGUUCAAGCUGUGCAAAGAGAUCAAUCUUAGCAACUUUGUAAUGAGUUUAUGGUGUUCUGAGCCUUGAUUUGAGCUGGUAAUCUCCUUCGGGUACAUAUAUGUUUGUCUGGAAAUUUCUCCUGAUGAAUUUCCUGAAUUUGGCAUUCUUGGCUUGUUUUUUCUGUUUAUCCUCGAGUCUUGCAACUCCUACCCAAAAUUGCAGUCCAAAUGAUUUUUCAGCGUUGAAGGAAUUUGCAGGCCAACUGAUCAAUGGUUCUGUCAAAUUUUCUUGGUCGAAUGGAACGGAUUGCUGCCAAUGGGAAGGUGUUGUGUGUGAAGGUGGUGGUAAUAAGUCGGCAGCAGCAAGUAGGGUGAUCAUGUUGAAGUUGUCUGGAAAAGGCUUGAAGGGCAAAGUUUCAGAGUCUUUGUGUAAAUUGGAUCAGUUGCAAUGGCUUGAUCUUUCCCACAAUUCCCUGGAAGGUGGAUUGCCCCUGGAAUUCUCCAACUUGAAGCAGCUGGAAGUUCUUGAUCUCAGCCACAACAUGCUGGUUGGGCCAGCAUUUGGGGCGAUUGCUGGAUUGAUAUCGAUUCGAUUGCUCAACCUCUCGAGCAAUUCUUUGUCUGGAAGCCUCGCAGACAUUGGAGUAUUUCCUGAUCUUGUUGCUUUGAACAUAAGUAACAAUAUGUUCACUGGCCAAGUUGACUCCAAAAUCUGCGGUUCUUCCAGGGGCAUUCGAAUUCUUGAUAUAUCGUCAAAUCAUUUUACUGGUGGGCUUGAAGGCUUGGACAAUUGCAGCACAACUCUCCAGCAGCUCCAUCUGGAUUUCAAUUCUAUUUCUGGCGACCUUCCAGACUCAUUGUACUUGUUAUCUUCUUUGGAGCAGCUCUCUAUGUCUUCAAAUAAUUUAUCUGGCCAGCUGAGUCUUAAAAUCAGUGAGCUUUCCAGUCUUAAAACCUUAGUUCUGUACGGGAACCGGUUUUCUGGUUAUUUGCCUAAUGUUUUUGGGAACUUAACUGAAUUAGAGCAGCUUGUUGCACAUUCAAAUUCAUUCUCUGGCCAGCUGCCUUCGACGUUGGCACUCUGCUCUAAGCUACAUGUGCUUGAUCUUCGGAACAACUCUCUUUCUGGUCCUAUUGAUCUGGAUUUCUCUGGAUUGUCUAAUCUCUGUACUCUUGAUCUUGCCAGCAAUCAUUUUUCUGGUCCCUUGCCUGAAUCACUGUCUAGUUGCCAGGAGUUGAAAAUCUUGAGUCUUGCGAAGAAUAGUUUAACUGGGCAGAUCCCUGAAAAUUAUGCUAAUCUUUCAUCCCUUGUAUUUCUUUCAUUGUCCAAUAACAGCCUUGUGAACCUGUCAGGGUCCUUAUCCGUCUUGAAGUAUUGCAAAAGCCUGACUACUCUUAUACUCACUAAAAAUUUCCAUGGUGAAGAAAUUCCUGAAAAUGUGAGUGGAUUUAAGAGUUUAUUGAUUUUUGCUCUGGGAAACUGCGGCCUGAGAGGUCGCAUCCCAGAUUGGCUAUUAAAUUGCCGCAAGUUGCAAGUUCUUGACUUGUCUUGGAAUCAUUUGGAGGGCAGCAUUCCGUCAUGGAUUGGUCAGAUGGAGGGUUUGUUCUAUUUGGACUUUUCAAAUAAUUCAUUGACGGGAGGGAUUCCGGAGGGCAUGAUGGAGCUCAAGAGCCUGAUUUCUGCAAAGAGCUACACGUAUAGUCUCAACACUUCAACUGGUAUUCCACUUUUUGUGAAGAGAAAUCAGAGUGCCAGUGGCUUGCAGUAUAACCAAGCUUCAAGUUUUCCUCCAUCCAUAUUAUUGAGUAAUAAUAGACUAAACGGGACGAUUUGGCCCAAAAUUGGACAGCUGAAACAGCUUCAUGUCUUAGAUCUGAGCAGGAAUAAUAUUACCGGAACCAUCCCCAGCUCCAUUUCGAAUAUGGUAAACCUGGAGACUUUGGACUUAUGUUAUAAUGAUCUUCAUGGAUCAAUUCCUUCAUCAUUCAAUCAGCUCACAUUCCUUUCAAAAUUUAGUGUUGCUUAUAAUCAUCUUGAAGGAGCAAUUCCAACUGGGGGCCAAUUUCUUAGUUUUCCCAGCUCAAGCUUUGAAGGAAAUCCCGGACUUUGUGGAACGCUAAUUUCUCCUUGUGAUGUCAACAAAAAGGGGCUAUCGUCGCCUCCUCCAGCUCACAGAGAUAGCAAGUUUGGUCGAGGCAGUAUACUCGGAAUGACAAUCAGCAUUGGGGUUGGGAUUGCGUUACUCCUGGCCAUUCUUCUGCUUAGGAUAUCGAGAAGGGAUCCCGGAGUUCCAAUUGAAGAUGUGGAGGAGGAAAUCAACAGGGCACCUAGAUAUUCUGAUGCAUUUGGACCUCCAAAGCUGGUUAUUUUCAAGAAUGCUGAUUGCAAGGACCUCAGUGUCUCAGACUUAUUGAAGUCGACAAACAAUUUUAACCAAUCAAACAUUGUUGGCUGUGGAGGAUUUGGUCUAGUUUAUAAGGCGGAUCUACCUAACGGCACAAAAGCUGCAAUCAAGAGGCUUUCUGGGGAUUGCGGACAGAUGGAGCGUGAGUUUCAAGCUGAAGUGGAAGCUCUUUCCCGAGCUCAGCACAAAAACCUUGUUUCUCUUCAAGGGUACUGCCGAUAUGGAAAUGACAGGUUACUAAUUUACUCGUACAUGGAAAACGGAAGCUUAGACUACUGGUUGCAUGAAAGAGUAGAUGGGAGCUCGUUUCUUACGUGGGAUACCAGAUUGAGAAUUGCUCAAGGAGCAGCUCGGGGAUUGGCUUAUUUGCACAAAGAGCCAAAUAUAGUUCACCGUGACAUCAAAACCAGCAACAUUCUUUUGGAUGAGAAAUUCGAGGCUCACUUAGCUGAUUUUGGGCUCUCGCGGUUGCUCCACCCAUAUGAUACACAUGUCACGACAGAUUUGGUCGGCACGUUGGGAUAUAUUCCACCUGAGUACAGCCAGACCCUGACCGCAACUUUCAGGGGUGACGUUUACAGUUUUGGAGUUGUUCUGCUGGAGCUAAUAACAGGAAGACGGCCUGUCGAGGUUUGUAAAGGCAAAAACUGCAGAGAUUUGGUGGGCUGGGUGUACCAGAAGAAAUCUGAAAAGAGGGAGUGGGAGAUAUUCGACUCAUCUAUACGAGAUAAAGAUUGUGAAAAACAACUGAUGCAAUUGCUUGACAUAGCUUGUAAAUGUAUAGACCAGGAUCCUAGAAGAAGACCUUCGAUUGAUGAAGUUGUUUCGUUGCUUGAAGCAAUUGAGAUAGGAAAAGCUUGAACUAAAGUUUCAUAUAGUUAUUUCUUUUUUGUUUUCUCUUCUUGAAGACUUCAUUUCACAUGGAUUUUCAAGUGAAAUAUAUGAUAGUAAAAAACAAAGUUUCAUAUAGUUA